AUGACUCAAGCGGCUCGCAACUUUGUGUCGGAUGGACAAUCGGGUCUCUCCAGCGCUAUCAAGGGUCUCCUAAGCUUGAACCCUUCACUCUAUCUCGAUGAGAAGUACAAAGUUGUGUAUCGGGAUGCUGCGGAUCGAGCCCAGCGAGUAGCCGUUAUAAGCGGAGGAGGUUCCGGUCAUGAACCUGCCCAUGCCGGUUUCGUCGGACAUGGCAUGCUGGAUGCCGCCGUAUGUGGAGCUGUUUUCGCUUCGCCUAAUGCAGCACAGAUCGAGGCAGGACUUGGAAGAAUCCAAUCUCCCAAGGGAAUUCUGAUUAUUGUAAAGAACUACACCGGCGACAAGCUCAAUUUCACACUAGCUGCCGAACGCUUUCGCCUCGCCAGCGGUGUACCAGUCCGCUUGGUCGUUGUGGCGGAUGAUGUCUCCAUUGGUCGCACUCGCUCCGCCCUCGUCGGUAGGCGUGGUCUUGCUGGAACUAUUCUGGUUCACAAAAUUGCAGGCGCUGCAUCAAUUGCUGGCCUCGACUUGGACAGCAUUGUGGCGGCCGCAGAGUCAGUCAUGUCCCACAUGGGCACUAUUGGAGUUGGCCUUGACGGAUGCCAUGUCCCAGGGCAAGCCAAUGAGUCGCGGUUAGCAGAUGAUGAGGUAGAGAUUGGUAUUGGUAUCCACAACGAGCCUGGCAGCAGACGUAUUAAGCCGCGGCCCAACCUAGAUACUCUUAUCAAGAGUAUGCUCAGCAACUUGUUGGACGACGACCCAGACCGCAAUUACCUGACGGGCACACCUCGGGCAGAGGACCACAGUGUCGUGCUUCAGAUCAACAACCUUGGUGGCCUGUCCUUCUUCGAGCUACUCGCUAUCGCAAGGCAGGUCAUAUCACAUCUGGAAACUGGCUACGGAAUAAGACCUGUGCGAGUCUACUCUGGUACUUUUCUCUCCGCCCUAGACUGCCCUGGAUUCAGUAUCACGUUGCUUGCCUUGCCCAAAUCCGACAAGCUGUCCACUCAAAUUCUGGACUGGCUCGAUGCUCCAAGUGACGCAGUGGGAUGGCCUUGCAACCUCGGAAAAUCGGCAUGGGCUGGACAGAUACCUGUUGCUGCUCGUACUUCUGAGAAGAGCCUCUCCGGGACGGAACUUGGACAAGACAUUCCGCAUGUCAAAUGUAAUCCCAAGAUUUUUCAGGAUAUCCUCGAGGCGAUACACAAGUCUGUUGUGGCUGCAGAGCCGGAAAUCACCCGCAACGACACAAUCUUGGGCGACGGCGACUGCGGUACAACGCUAGUAGAAGGCUCAAAUUCCUUGAUUCAAGCCUUGCAGCAGAAGCAGAUUGAUACAGGCAGUCUCUCACAUGGCAUACUCAAGAUCGCUGAGCUUAUAUCUCUGAGCAUGGGUGGCACAUCAGGCGCCUUAUACUCCGUCUUCAUGACCGGAUUGGCGUCAGGCAUAGUCACCACAGUAGGGGAAAAUGAUUUGAGCAUCGCCUCCCUUUCUGUUGCCCUGCGCCAGGCUCUCAGAAGUCUUGAGCAAGUCACCGCAGCCAGAGAGGGCGAUAGAACCAUGAUGGAUGCACUGAGUCCUUUUGUGCGGGUGUUCUCGGACAAGGCAAGCGACAAAGGAAGGACGGCGUUGGAGGUGAUAGAAGGAGGGCUAGCGGCAGCCGAGCAAGGUUGCGAGACUACGCGCGAGCUGGAGAGCAGAUUCGGCCGGAGCACCUAUGUCGGUGCAGCAGAUGAUCAGGGCACAACUGCUGGCAUUGCUGAUCCUGGUGCGAUGGGUAUCGUGGCAAUCAUCUCUGGCGUCCUACAAGGGAUUCGACAAAAUUAUCGUGUGUAG